CCAGACGACUGCGCUCACUGAUCAAUACUGCAGAUGCUGAUCAAUGAUGAGCAGGGGUCCGUUUCACAAAGCAGGUUUAGUGAAAACUCUGAGUCUGUUAACCCUGAAAUGAGGGAAACUCUGAGUUUUCCGUUUCACAAAGGGAGGUAACUCAAACCAGAGAAAGAGAGGUAACUCUAGCCUGUUUCACAAAGAGAGGUAACUUAAGCUCUCGGUCAGUUACCGUAGUAACAGACUCUCUGAACCUAACCUGGACCAGGUUUAUAUCAAUGAACCUCGAGUUUCUCUGCGUCUCCGCCUCUUUCAGAGGCCGCAUGUUUAUGAAGGAGGUAGAUGAGUAGAUGCUUAACAUGCAGAACAAGGACAGCAGUUACUUUGUUGAAAGGAUCCCCAACAAUGUCAAGACCGCUGUCUGUGACAUUCCCCCCAGAGGCCUUAAGAUGGCUUCCACCUUCAUUGGCAACAGCACAGCCAUUCAAGAGCUGUUCAAGCGCAUCUCUGAGCAGUUCACGGCUAUGUUCAGACGCAAAGCUUUCCUCCACUGGUACACCGGGGAGGGUAUGGAUGAAAUGGAGUUUACUGAGGCUGAGAGAAACAUGAAUGACCUUGUGUCAGAAUACCAGCAGUACCAGGAUGCUACUGUUGACGAAGAGGGAGAGUUUGAGGAGGAGGAGAAUUUGGCCUAA